AUGGCUGAUUUCCAAGAAUACAUGAUCCUUCUUCUCAUAUGGCUAGUUUCCAUGAUUGUGGUCAGAGUAAUACUAAACAAAAUUCGACCCAAAUCUCAUCUUCCACCAAGUCCACCAGCCCUACCAAUCCUUGGACACCUCCAUCUACUUGGUCCAAUACCUCAUCAAGCUUUCCACAAGCUUUCAACCAAGUAUGGGCCAUUAAUUCAUCUACUCCUUGGUUCUGUCCCUUGUGUUGUUGCUUCCUCCCCUGAGAUGGCAAAAGAGUUCCUCAAAACACAUGAAACUUCAUUCUCUGAUCGUCCAAUAGCGUUUGCAGUAGAUUACCUCACAUAUGGCUCUGCUGAUUUUUCCUUUGCCCCUUAUGGACCUUAUUGGAAGUUCAUGAAGAAAAUUUGUGUUUCUGAACUUCUUGGAGGUCGAAUACUAGACCAGUUCCUUCCAGUCAGGCAGGAGGAGAUAAGGAUAUUUUUGCAUUUGAUACUAAAGAAAGCAAAUGCAGGCGAAUCUGUUGAUCUUGGACGACAGCUCUUAAGGGCAACCAAUAAUAUAAUAUCAAGAAUGAUGAUGAGCCAAAGAUGUUCAGACAGUGAAGAUGAAGCUGAUGAGGUCAGGCAGUUGGUGCAAGAGACAGUGGAGCUUACGGGGAAGUUUAAUUUGUCAGACUAUAUUUGGCUCUGCAAGAACUUAGAUUUGCAGGGUUUUAACAAAAGGCUCAAGGAAGUUCGUGACAAUUUUGACAAAAUGUUGGAGAGGAUCAUAAAAGAGCAUCAAGAGGGAAGGAAGAUAAAGAAAGAAACAGGAGAAGAUACAAUAAAAGAUUUGCUAGAUAUUUUACUAGAUAUUUCAGAAGAUGCAAACUCAGAAAUGAAACUGACUAGGGAAAACAUCAAGGCCUUUAUCCUGGAUAUAUUUGCAGCAGGAACAGACACAUCAGCCAUUACUACAGAAUGGGCAUUAUCAGAGCUAAUCAAUCACCCAGAAAUUAUGAAGAAAGCAAGAGAAGAGAUUGAUUCUGCAAUAGGAAAGAGCAGAUUAGUAGAAGAAUCAGAUAUUCCUAAUCUCCCUUACCUCCAAGCUAUAGUAAAGGAAACUCUAAGACUCCACCCAACAGGCCCAUUAAUUGUAAGAGAAUCAACCAAAAAUUGCAGCAUCAAUGGAUAUGAAAUCCCAGCAAGAACUCGUCUUUUUGUGAAUGUGUGGUCUCUUGGAAGGGAUCCGAACCACUGGAAAAACCCACUUGAAUUUUGCCCAGAAAGAUUUGUUUGUGAAGAGAGAAAUGGAAAGAGUCAGCUGGAUGUGAGGGGCCAGCAUUUCCAUUUGUUGCCAUUUGGGAGUGGAAGAAGGGGUUGCCCUGGAACCUCAUUAGCGCUGCAAAUAGUGCAGACGACGCUUGCUGCUAUGAUUCAGUGCUUUGAAUGGAAGGUUAAUGGAGGGGAUGGUGGUGUUGACAUGGAUGAGGCACCUGGACUUACCCUUCCUAGAGCUAAUCCUUUGAUUUGUUUUCCAGUUGCUAGGCUGAAUCCAUUCCCAUCUUUCUGAAUCAUUUCAAAGUAGAAGGCUACUAGGCAGAUACAACACUGUUAUCGUUUGCAAUAAACUUUGAAAAAUGUUAUAAUUUUUGGGGUGUGGUAUGAGCGGAGAAUUUUUGUUUUUUGUUCA